AUGGUGAAGGACCUAGUCAUCAAAUGCAGAGGUCUGCCCUACUCCUGCGAUGAAAGUAGUCUCCGCAAGUUUUUGGGAGAUAGCGGAAUAAGCAAGGUGAACAUCAUCAUGCGCGAUGGUAAAGCUGCUGGUGAUGCUUUUGUACACUACAGCAACGAGGAUGACUACAAAAGAGCUCUAAAGAAAGACAGAGAACACAUGGGACAUCGGUUGGUGGCAUUUUUCAGAUCUGUUUAG